AAUAAGAGAGAUGGGAAAAGCAGUAGUAUCUGAGAAGAUGAAGCUUCUUGUAGCUUUGAUAACUUUACAAUUCUGUUUCGCAGGUUUCCACAUUGUCUCAAGAGUUGCACUUAACAUUGGUGUUAGUAAAGUGGUCUAUCCUGUUUACAGAAACAUUCUUGCUCUUCUUCUCAUUGGUCCUUUCGCUUACUUUUUGGAGAAGAAGGAAAGGCCUCCUCUCAGAUUCUCUUUACUUGUUCAGUUCUUUCUCUUAGCACUGAUAGGAAUCACAGCAAAUCAAGGAUUCUACCUCUUAGGACUGACAUAUGCAUCUCCAACGUUUGCUUCAGCAGUGCAGAACUCUGUUCCUGCAAUCACUUUCAUCAUGGCUUGUACCCUAAGGAUCGAGCACAUAAACCUUGUUCGAAGACACGGUGUAGCCAAAGUGUUGGGGACUAUAGUGAGCAUAGGCGGAGCAACAACCAUCACAUUGUACAGAGGAUUCCCACUUCUUCGCAGAAGUCUUACGGCGCAAGAAACCCACCACUCUCAUGACGAGAUUGAAUCCAUUAACAAGUCUCAGAACUGGACACUUGGAUGCUUAUACCUUAUGGGACACUGCUUGUCAUGGGCUGCUUGGAUGGUUCUUCAAGCUCCUGUCCUAAAGAAGUACCCAGCGAAGCUCACUUUAACAUCAUUCACAUGUUUCUUUGGUCUGAUUCAGUUUCUGGUCAUUGCUCUGUUUGUUGAGACUGAUCCCAGCAAUUGGAUCAUUGGCUCAUGGGAAGAGCUCUUCACCAUCCUAUACGCGGGAAUAGUGGCGUCUGGUCUGGUGGUUUAUCUUCAAACAUGGUGUAUUUACAAAGGCGGUCCUGUCUUUGUUGCUGUCUUUCAACCACUCCAGACACUUCUAGUAGCUGCAAUGGCAUUUGUUGUCCUCGGUGAUCAACUUUACUCUGGAAGCAUUGUUGGCUCAGUGUUCAUAAUGUUGGGGCUGUACUUAGUCCUUUGGGGUAAAACAGAGGAGAAAAGACAGUUGAAUGAAGCGUCAAGUCAAGAAGAAGAUCAUGAGUCACUCACCAAAAACCUUCUUGGAGAUGAAACUAAAGAAGCUCAGGAUUCUGAAUCUCCGGUUUAAAACAGCAUAUACCUGACAAGACAACACAAGAAAAUCUUUUCUGUAUAUACACACACAUGAGAAGGAUAUAGCAAAUAAGAACUUG